CCUUCAUUAGCAUUGAUGACGUCGUCAGGCUAUAAAAAGGGAGUUCCGAGCUCGCUUUCACUUAUUCUGGGACUGAAAGUGAGCGGUGCUAUGGCUGAUGAGAAGAAAGCGCAGCAAGCCUCCAAGAAGGGCGCGAAGAAAAUCAUCAAGAAGACGCCAGCGAAGGGAGGCAAGAAGAGGAAGCGGACCAGGAAAGAAAGUUAUGCCAUCUACAUCUACAAAGUGAUGAAGCAGGUUCACCCCGACACCGGCAUCUCCUCCAAGGCCAUGAGCAUCAUGAACUCGUUCGUCAACGAUAUUUUCGAGCGCAUCGCGGGGGAGGCUUCCCGCCUGGCCCAUUACAACAAACGCAGCACCAUCAGCUCCCGGGAGAUCCAGACCGCCGUGCGGCUGCUGCUGCCCGGGGAGCUGGCCAAGCACGCCGUGUCGGAGGGUACAAAGGCGGUGACCAAGUACACCAGCUCCAAGUGAGGGACCGCAUUGUACUGAAACACACACAUCCACAACCCAAAGGCUCUUAUAAGAGCCACCCACAACUUCCCAGAGUGAGCUGAAUUUUUUUUUAAA